AUGGACACAGAAUAUCAGAAUGCGGAGGUUUUAGUAUGUUUUUGGGGAAAACACAUGGUCGGAAAGUGGGAGUUCUCUGUGAGGGCAGUGACUGUGGGUGUUUUGGGGGGACUUGACCCGGCUGUGGGCUGGGGGUGGCGAGGCCACUGUCAGUACAAGGACCUCAGAAAUGAGGAGAGGGCCAUGGUUUCUUUCACAGAGACAACUGCUCAGGAGGAGAGCAUGAUAUGUUCUCAUUCUGGAGGGGAACAACGUCUAGAAACUCCUUCUGCUAAAAAAUUAACAGAUAUAGGAAUUAGAAGAAUCUUUUCUUCAGAGCAUGACAUUUUCCGGGAAAGUGUAAGAAGGUUUUUUCAAGAAGAAGUGAUUCCUCAUCACUCAGAAUGGGAGAAAGCUGGACAAGUGAGUAGGGAAAUUUGGGAAAAAGCUGGAAAACAAGGACUGCUUGGUGUCAAUGCUGCAGAGCAUCAUGGUGGUAUUGGUGGGGACUUGUACUCGGCGGCUGUUGUUUGGGAGGAGCAAGCGUAUUCAAACUGCACGGGCCCAGGUUUUAGUCUUCAUUCAGAUAUUGUUAUGCCUUAUAUUGCAAACUAUGGCUCAGAAGAACAGAUUAAGCACUUCAUCCCCCAGAUGACUGCAGGCAAAUGUAUUGGUGCCAUAGCAAUGACAGAGCCUGAGGCCGGAAGUGACUUGCAAGGAGUAAGAACAAAUGCCAAAAGGGUUGGAAGUGACUGGAUUCUCAAUGGAAGCAAGGUGUUCAUCACUAAUGGGCAGUUAUGUGAUGUUGUGAUUGUAAUCGCAGUCACAAAUCGUGAAGUUCACUCCCCUGCCCAUGGCAUUAGCCUUUUUCUGGUGGAAAAUGGAAUGAAAGGCUUUAUCAAGGGACGAAAGCUACAAAAAAUGGGAUUAAAAGCCCAGGACACUGCAGAACUGUUCUUUGAAGAUUUACGGUUGCCAGCUAGUGCCUUACUUGGAGAAGAAAAUAAGGGCUUCUAUUACCUCAUGCAAGAGCUUCCACAGGAAAGGCUGAUAAUUGCUGACUUAGCAGUUUCAGCCAGUGAAUUCAUGUUUGAAGAAACCAGGAACUAUGUUAAACAAAGAAAAGCUUUUGGGAAGACAGUUGCACAAAUACAGACGGUGCAGCAUAAACUCGCAGAAUUAAAAACACACAUUUGUGUCACCAGAGCUUUUGUGGACAGCUGUCUCCAGCUGCAUGAAACAAAACGUCUAGACUCUGCCACUGCUUCCAUGGCGAAAUAUUGGGCAUCUGACUUACAAAACCGUGUAGCUUAUGACUGUGUACAGCUCCAUGGAGGUUGGGGAUACAUGUGGGAGUACCCUAUUGCAAAAGCUUAUGUGGAUGCCCGAGUUCAGCCAAUUUAUGGUGGUACCAAUGAAAUAAUGAAGGAGCUGAUUGCGAGAGAGAUCAUCCGUGACAAGUAGACAUCUGCCCACAUCCUGGAAUCCUAUUACAGCUAAUCUGGUCUUAAAUCUACUCAAGAUAAAAUGUAACCUGGAAAGGAGGGAAACAAAACAUGUUUUUAUAUGCUCUCUCUAUAGAGAAAGAAAUCAAACAUAAAUGUAAGCUCAACACAGUGGAAGGAAAAAUCUAUGAAUCCAAAUUCUAAAAUGCUCCAGUAUAAGAUUUAACUUUAAAUUUUUUAUACACUUAAAGAUUAAAGAAUUUUUGGUUCUAGAAGCCUUAGUGUUUCACUGAUCUCUAAAAUUCUAAAAAGCAAUAAUUGCUUAAAUCUUUUAAAUUGAGGCAGAAAUAAUUUUAUGUUGUCAUAGUAUAAAAACAAUAAUAUAGCAAAUUAAAGGGAAAAAUAAAUAUAAUGUAGAAUGUAAAGUCAUUUCGGCUACCUUUUGCUCCAGAUUUCCUAGAGCAGUGGUUUUGAAACCACCAUGCUACUUCAUUCCCUGUUUUUAAGCAAUGGAAUACUGUAUUCAAACAAAGGCUUGUGCAGAAUAUCUCUGUGAAACGCUCUUUGGCAAAGAGCUAAGGUUGAAGCAGGAAGCCUUCCUACCUUACUGCCUUGAAACCCAAAGGACUUGCUAAGCAUUUGCUUAACCCCAAUCAGAGAAUGUCCUUGGUUCUCUACUACUGACACCUGGUAUUUCAACAGGUUUCCAUUCCAGUUUAAUUGAUAAGAGAACACAGAAUAAUUCAUCAUCCUUUAAUUUCAAGAUGUUGGUAUAUAUGAUAGGUAUCAAAGCAGUGACUUUUAUUUUGCAACAGUGUAAUUUAUUUAUUAAUAUAACAAGAACUUUGUGUCUUCUGUAAACCAGGUGGUUAAAAAUACGAUGGCAAACAAAACGGGCAAGAUCAUUGCUAAUAAGUGAAUAAACCAAUAAGUAGUAAUAAACAAAGUAAGAAGUAAAUAAGUAAAUACAAUAAUUUCAAAUCAUAAUAAGUAUGAUAAAAGUAAGCAUUUAAACUGGAAAAGUGAGGAAAUGACAUUUGAUUUGAAACUUAAAAGUAAUUAUUAUCAAAAAAUAAACCACUAAUUUAAUUUGUAAA